AUAAAUAUAGGUCCCAGGCCUGGCUUGUGUUAACCAUUCGGUAUUUAAUCAUUGUAUAUUAAGUACUGAAGAUAGACAGGAGUGGAAUUUCUGAAAUCGUGCUAUAGCUUAGGUUUAGCUGCGUUGCGUUCACUUGUUGCUUACCACUUUACUUAAGAAAAAAACAAAAACUACUAUGUCCUCAAACUGGGUAUUUAUAGUGUGGCACAAAUGUGGAUAUCCUGUGUUGUUUGGACUGACCGAGAAAGACGCGGUCACCCACGGUUUUCCUAUAUUUGUACUGACCGGCAGUCUUGGUGGAGCUGAGCAAGGGCUUUAUUGCUGAAUCACCCUGACUUUACGAAACGGCGGUCUCCUCGGUUUACAGCCGGAGUCCGACGGCUGGUUGGACAACCGCUGUUGCUGCAACCUCUACUUCCUACGCAUUUCGGGAAAUGCAGUUUAUUGUCUGGCCAUAAUAGCAUUGUUUAUUUAGCCCUUUUAGUUUACCAUCCAGUUUGCCUGAGUUGGAGGCCCGUGCAGCAAGUUAUUGUUUUAUUUAUUAUGACUACGCAGUUAUAGCAAAUGGGAUUCCCCCCAGAAGGAAAGAGAUCAAACGUGACAUUUUAACUCAGAUGACCCUUUUUGGUUAUGUUUUGCUUGUGGUUCACUUGUUGGAAAUGUAAGUCGUCUCCUGUAAUGUCUAAGCACAUCAGCAGUCUUCUUUUUAUAGUCAUUAAGGCAUCAGGUCUGUGUCUUUUAUGUAUAAUUUAAAGAGGAAAAGUCACAAUAUAACUGAGGUUUGUAAAAGUGUUAUGACACGAUUUAAAUACAGCUGUGGAUGUCUUUUCAAUAAUUAAAAUGAACACACGCUGUUUUUUGGUGAUUCAUGAUUUAAAAGAGAAAAGAGGCUAAAAGGUUGUUAGGGAUCAGUCUGGGUGUCAGGAAGAAAAAUAAAGAAAAAGAGACGACUGCACUCAUCUCUUAGCUCAUCACAGACGCUGCCAAAAGGUCAACAACAACCUUAAAAUUGUGUGUAUCUGGUUUUACUGGUGCUUGGGGAGGGGAAAAAACAAAGACAACUGGAUCAUGACGACAGAAAGAAACAGCAAAGCUCUGAAGGUGAAGCAGGAAUGCGGCGAGAACGUGCCCUUCCUGUCGGACAGCGAGCUAAUGUCCCUGUCGGUGCGAGAGCUGAAUCUCCACCUGCGUGGUCUCUCCCGCGAAGAGAUUCAGAAGCUGAAGCAGCGGCGUCGCACCUUAAAGAACCGGGGAUAUGCCGCCAGCUGCCGGGUCAAACGGGUGUCUCAGCGAGAGGCCCUGGAGCAGCAGAAGAUGGAGCUGCAGAGAGAGGUGGAGAGGCUCGGAGCCGAGAACGCCGGCAUGAGGAAGGAGCUGGAGGGGCUCAGCGCACGCCUGGCUGCGCUUCAGAGAUUCGCCAGGGGUCUGGAAGCGGGAGGAGGCAGCCUACUGGCUACGGCCCCUCGCCUCAACACCGCCUCAGUCAUCACCAUCGUGAAGAGUCCGCAGCAGCCUCAGCCACAAAGGGAGCAGGAGCCAUCCUAGAAGGAGAUGCUGAAACCAGACUGGGGUUUGGGGUUUGGGAUUUGGGGUGGGGACGGGGAAGCCUGCAAUGCAAACACACGCACACAUCUGCAGGCCUUAAUACUCACGCAAGCAGGAGAGCAGGAUGACUUGUAAUAAUAGGAAAAUACUAAGCGCCUUGUUCACAUUACAAUUGACAGAAAUCCGAUCACAGCUACGAUCACCUUUCUAACAAACAAGGAAACAAACAGGUUCAAUACUGUAGUUUUGAUAGAGAUGUCCUCUGUUGACGAUCCUCCAUGAAACAGCAGUCUGGUCAAGUAAGAUUUACUUAGUGAUUUUUUUUAAUUUUUUUAUUUUAUUUUUUUUUAAUUGUUUUUUUUCCUGAAGCACUCAAAGUUUCAAAUUCUGUUUAAUGUGAACAAGGCGUCGCACAUAUUUAUGCACAAAAAACCCUCACAGUCUUUCCCUUGAGCUACACGGGGACUCUGACUGAAGCCCAACCAAGCCAAACAGGGUUACUGAGCACCAUUACUCCUCAGCAACCCCCCACAGCGAGGCUGGUGUAGCCUGAUUAUGCUACCUAAAGGCUGGGGCGCCUUUCUGCUUCCGUUUAUGGCACCUGACCAACAGCAAAAUGCCAGGGUGGAGCUUCCUCGGUCUCCAUAAUGCCUUUUAGUCUGAAAUCACUAGCUUAGCUCAGCCUCGUGUUCCCACCCCCCUAUAUUUUUUUUUUCUUUUUUCGUUUUAUUCCCUGUCAAUGCAGUUUCUCACCCUUUAUGUCACUUUAUGUGCCGGUGGGAUAAUCUAAUCUGUGUUCACCUCGUUCCAUUGAUGGCUCUCUAGCUGCUUUAGUCAUGAGACUUUUGGGAGCAGAAACGGUCAGAGAAAGGCUGAGAAGUGCUGCCUGAGUGUAUUGUGAAUUUCUCUAAGUUGUUGAUUCACUAAGAUUUUCCAGUUUUUUGGGUGGGGGGGAUCUCACCAGUCCAAAAAGACAAUUCUGUACUAUCUGUGUGCUCAUUUUUCCCAUUAAUGCAGUGCCUUCAGUGUAUGAAGGAGCUCACCAGUCCUCCUGAUUGUCUGAAACGACACAUUUCUUAUUUCUCAUUGUGAUUUCUGUGGAUUUCCAUCUUUUUCUGAGCUUUAAUCCCAAAUUUCUCGUUUCAUGAAAACUCCCGUGCAGCAGUUUGGCCAAGUCUAGUGUCGGUGGCUUCCUCCUUCUGACGACAGAUGUUGGUCAUUUUGCUAAAAUAAAUAAUUGAAUAAACGAAUGUGUGGAAGCGGAAUCACGUCUGGUAGGAAUUACGCUCAAGCCGAUGCAAAUCCUCUGCAAACAUUCCCGUUGUUGUGUUGUUUGUAAUGUCUGAGAGACGCAAAUGUUGAGUGACAUUUAUCAGAUAUAUAUAUAUAUAUAUAUAUAUAUAUAUAUAUAUAUAUAUAUUCUAAAUUUUAUUUGUAUUUAAAAGUAGAUAUUAUGACAAGACAAGCUAACGAGUGCUGUGAUGUUCUGUAUGUUUUCAAAAAGUACUUAUGACUAGUCUGAGGAUAUUCUCACGUCUAAUUAUUGUGCUGCGUGGCGACGAUGAUUACUUUACAAAACGUUUGAUUAUUAGCUGUGUAGAAAUAUGCUCAAAGCCAAUGGCCAUAUUGAUGUAUGACGAUUUGUGUGCGUGUGUGCGCGUGCGUGCGUGUAUAUGUGUGUUUUACGUAUAUUUUUGCAAUGUUUGUACUAGCUCGUCGUCGUGGAUAUCUUGGAGGGACAUUAUUUUUCUAAGAUGAAUCGUAUGUUGUUUGUGCGGAGAAAAAAAAAAUUGAGGUCAUUUCUGAAUGGGCGGGGCAGGCAAGAUACACAGGAGGUUAGAGAGAGAGGGAGAAGACUGAUGGAGACGAGGGUGAGAGUGGAGGGUUGAGAAGGAGCCGGAUGAUGGAGAAGGAAAGUAGGCACAGCAGACUGGAAAAGAAGGUGCAUAGAGGUGGUGUUUUAUUCACUUGAAAAGCCUCCGUCUGACGUAGGCCUGUUUCACUCAGCAGGCUUAAAUUUCAUGGGAGUUUAGGCCACUGAAUAGUGCUAGCAAUAUAAUAUAUUAAGUAGGCAUGGUAACACAUGAAACUGUGUUGACAAAUAACUCCUAAAGAUAUGAGGCAUAUAUUUAGCUA